GCAUCGCGCGUACGUAACCGGUCUAGAUUGCUGUUCGAAUCCAAAGUCGCGAAUUCAGCAAUAAAACAAGAACUUAAUCUUUUGGAACAGGGUCAAUAUCAAUGACAGAAUCCUGUUCUUGAUGUUGCCAACAUUUACAGCGGUUAGAUUUGAACUUUGAAGUAAAGAAGGUAAAGUUUGGUUGAACAUUGCAUUGGAACGGCCCUUUCUGCAUUCGAGGACACCGUUUUGGAUGGAUGUGCUCGCAUUGUGCUUCGGCCUGCUUGGCCUGCUCCUUGCCGCUGGGUUGUUGCUGCUCGUCUUCAUCAUGUUCAAGAUUCCAAAACUUCCGGCAGAAAUCGACAGCAGAAGAGCAACUCAAAAAUUCCUGAUACAGACUGGACUUUUUGCAUUGCUUAUGAAGAUCAAAGGAAUGUGGAACGGGAAACCCUACCUCGUCAAUGCUAGAGAAUCUGCAAACUUCUGGAUGAAACCUAAGCCUUCGGUCGUGACUGGGUCAAAGGUCAAAUCAAGUGUCAGAGACUUUGACGGGGUCGCAGUGCGGUUCUAUGAACCCAUCUCGAGAGAAAGGAAUGAUCUACCAGGGCUCAUCUUCAUGCAUGGUGGAGGGUUCAUGUUUGGAAGCGCAGGUAUGUACGACCCAAUCACAAGGAAAAUAGCUGAAGUCAUUGGAGGUGUAGUCGUAUCUGUUGAUUAUCGCCUAGCCCCCGAGCAUCCGUUUCCAGCUGGCUUUGAUGAUUGUCUGGCAGCCACUAAGCACUUCUUCAAGCAUUGUAAAGAGUAUGGGGUGGACCCAACACGAGUUGCUAUAUGUGGGGACAGUGCAGGAGGAAACUUGGCUGCCGGUGUGGUCCAGGAACUAUGUGAUAAGACCAACGCGGCCAAGGGAAUGUUUAGACCAAAGCUGCAGAUCCUGCUAUACCCACUUCUGCAGAUGCUGGACCUCAAGACACCUUCUUACCAGAGACACGACGCAGCCUUCGGGAUUUCCGGAGGAUUCAUGCCGACAACCUCCAUCAGCUGGAUGACACCGCGCUACCUGACAGGCCAGAAAGAUGGCAGCCUCACCAAGGCUCUUCUGAAGGGCGCCCUACACUCCUACGCUGCGCAGGAGAAAGACGUCUUGAAGGACGCACUGACUCACGACUGCGUUCCGGCCAAGCUGAAAUGCGAAGCCUACGCCAUCCCGUUGGUGAGCGAACAUGAUCCUUCCUUCAAGGAAGUCUGGGAGCGGUUCAAACCCUUGGUGCUGGACAACAAGAUCAUGCCUCUGUACAAGGAAGAUCUUGGUAGACUCCCACCAGCCUAUAUCUUGACAUGCGACUUUGACGUGCUAAGAGACGAUGGGGUGAUGUACGCGGAGAGGCUGAAACAGGCUGGGGUGGAGGCUGUGCUGGAGAAUUGCAAAGGAGCGCUACACGGGUUGCUGUUCUUUCCUCAGUUUAAGUGGGGCCAGAUCGCCAAGAAGAAAUUCUAUGCCUACCUCAGUGAAGUGCUAUGAUCUACUUGUAGUAUGUGUGCAUUUGUAUAGUUUCAACCAAAGAUGAUUAGGAUUCUAUGGCUUAUAUGCAGCUAUCCAUAGCAACUUCCAAUAUUCAACUACCGGUACGUGUACUUAUAGCAAUCGCCCUUAUGCAGCUAAUCA